AUGGACUCCACCAACACAACGGAGAUAUCAAUCAAGGUUGACCAAGUCCCAGACAAUGUGGCUGCUCCAGAAUCGCGCAUCCUUGUUGUUAUGACCGGAGGUACGAUAUGUAUGAGACGAAGCCCCGACGGAUUCGUCCCUGCCCGUGGAUUCCUCGAAUCGAGCCUGGCACCUAGACCUUCUUUCAACGAUGGCUCCAAGCCAGACGACCUUCAAAUCAUUGUCGAUGGCGUGGAGACAUCUUACCAUAGCUUACGCACCCCAAUUAGCACAUACGAAAAGCAUGUCCGCUAUGUAGUGUACGAGUUCGCGGAACUGUUGGACAGCUCGUCCAUCAACGCAAAUGGCUGGGCACAGAUCGCAGAAGUUGUCUACCAGAACUACCGAGCAUUCGAUGCCUUUGUUGUUCUACAUGGCACUGAUAGUCUUGCGUACACCUGUUCUGCUUUGAGCUUCAUGUUGCAGAAUCUUGGGAAGCCGGUCAUUCUCACAGGCUCACAGGCUCCUAUGCUGGAGUUACAGAACGAUGCAACGGACAAUUUACUGGGCUCCUUGAUCAUCGCGGGUCAUUUCAUGAUACCCGAAGUCUGCUUGUUUUUCAACCAUAAGCUCUACAGAGGCAAUCGAGCAACCAAAAUUUCAGCGAGCGAAUUUGCUGCCUUUGCCUCCCCCAAUUUUCCACCUCUUGCCACCAUCUCGUCCCUUAAGAUUCACGUGUCUUGGGAAUUGAUAUACCGCCCAACGCAUAUCAAAGCGUUCAACAUACAGACCAAUCGAGCGACGAGCGAUGUUGCCUGCUUAAGGAUAUUCCCUGGUAUUAAACCAGAGAUGAUCGACGCAGUACUCAAGCUUGAUGGGCUCAAAGGCUUGGUCUUAGAGACUUUUGGAUCUGGUAACGCUCCUGGCGGGGCUGACGGCGCGCUCGUUAAAGUUCUUGCCGACGCUGUCAAACGGGGAAUCGUCAUUGUGAACAUAACACAAUGCUUGACAGGCACGGUCACCCCAUUGUAUGAGCCUGCUAUGCAUCUGAAACGAGCCGGUGUCAUCCCAGGUGCGGACAUGACUUCAGAGGCAGCCUUGGCCAAAAUGUCAUAUCUCUUAGCACUGCCAGGUAUGACCACGGAAAAGGUCAUUAAUCAGAUGUCAGUCUCGUUAAGAGGUGAAUUGACUGAGCAAACGGCGACUGCCUUCGCCCAUCCACGCGAUGUACUCCCUACCCAUCUUGCCAAUUUGACCCAGCUUGGCUACUCCAUCUCGAAAGGUGACCACGAGGAGGUUGAAAGGCUACUAAAGAGUGACCUGUCGUGGCUCCUCAACGAAAGUGAUUAUUCCGGUAACACACCUUUGCACAUUGCGGCGACUGGGCCAAAUGUAGACAUUCUCCGUCUUCUUCUGCAACAGGGUGCAUCGGUGCACAUACGCAACAAAAGCGGUCGGACCCCGUUGUUUCUUGCUGCAAAUGCCGGCUUGACUGAGCAUGUUACACUCUUGAAGCAAUCCGGUGCUCAUCUCCACAGUGGUGAGAUGGCCACGGCAAAAUCACAUGCGCGAAAGCACUUGGAUCUUUGGAGAGCCGCUGGAGCUUGA